AUGUUAAGUACCCUAGAUCCAGUAAACCCCGCAUUUCUUGUGGACAACAAGUUCCUUCUUGCUGCAACGCACGAAGAAUGCGUGAAGAAUGUAGUUGCUCUUGCGAAAUCAAUGCCCAAGCAGCAAGACCGCAAAGGCCAGGAAUGGGAGAAGUGGUUUAGGUGUAUGGAUCAGAGCAUAAGUAUACCGGGAGCUGAACUCGACCCCUUUAACUUGCAGAAAGAAGUGAUGUUUGUCGGUGGACGGGCAAAAGAACUAGGUUGUUUUGGGUGGAUCGAGGAAUCUCUCGUGAAGACUUACAAGGAAGCAGUCAUACUUUACUACCGCGAGCAAGGGCAGCCCGUUGUGGUAAAAGGAAGCACUCAGGACAGCCAGAAGCCCCGAGAUGGACUCUUCACGCCGACGCCCGAGAAGGUCCUCAGAAAGUCGAUAAAACAAAAUGCGGAUUCAGCCAUCCCCACGACAAGGUAUCGCCUGAUGGUGAGAAGCCUGUGCGGCGCCGGGGAGACAGAAUUUGGACCGGCUCUCGGCGCUGUGCACGAUGCCAAAAAUCAGGCGAGGGCCUGCGCAAGGAAGCACAUACGCUGCAGCCACACCAAGCACUUGGUGAAUCCGACCACUCAAAGCUCGGCGAUGAAGCACCAAGGGUUCGACGACGAUAGCAGUGACAUCGCAGAAGAUAGCUCCCAAGAAUAUCAGCUCGAAGACAGUCCACCCCCACCCAGCAAGAUACCUGCUGCAAAGUCUGGAGGUAGUCUGGUCAAAUGGAUGCCCCUAUCAUCCCAGAAGAAGGGGAAUGGGUCGAAGAGGCUACGACCAUCCGAUUCCUCUAGAUCCUCUUCUCCAAAUACGCGGUCGAAGAAGAGGAUGGUACACGAAACGUCGGUAAUUAUUUCAUCGGAUUCCGAAGUCGACGAGCCAACUGGUAGUGCUCUCAAGAAAAGGGCAAACAAACCAAGCAAUUCUAUCUCACCCUCGAGAUAUGUCGACGAGACCUCUGGCUUCCAUGAUAAAUUCUCCCGCCUCCGAAAGGCAAAUACCGAAGCUCACAAACUGACAAUGCGAAUGUUGGCGAAUACCUUGGAGAUCUCAGAGGCGUUGAUUGAUGCACAAAUUGCAACCACGAAAGGAAAUGCCGGGUCUCAAGUUUCUCGAAGAAAGUAG